AUGGCCAUUACUACAACUACUGCCCCAUUUACUUUCCCUACAUUGCCAACAUUCCCAACUUUUGGGACGUUCCCGACUCUGGGUACACUCCCAACUUUCGCGACUUUACCAACUUUCGGGACUUUUCCGACUUUGCCCACAAUCGCUCCGUUUACCUUGGCGCCGGAUGUUAAUGUAGGCUGGAGAUGGAUGUAUCUUUUUAUUCUUUAUUUAGAAGGAUUUUGGAUAUAAAACUAAAAAAAAAAUUGAUGAUUAAAAAAUAUUUCUUCGUAUAAAAUGUCACCAAAGCCAAAAUAAAGUGCAAAAAAAUUGCAGUAAAUUUCAAACUAUGCAAAUUGUGUUAUUUCGAAUAUUAUUCUUUCAUUUUUCAGUAAGGUGACAUUUUAUACGAAGAAAUAUUUUUUUCGUAUAAAACGUCCCCAAAGCCAAAAUAAAGCGCAAAAAUACUUUUACAUCACAUACAGACUAAUUUAUGUUAUUUCGAAUAUUCUUCAUUCAUUUUUCAGUGAGAUGACAUUUUAUACGAAGAAAUAUUUUUUCGUAUAAAAUGUCACCAAAGAAGAAAUAAAGUGCAAAAUAAGAAUUUUUGGAUUAAAAUCCCAAAAAUUUUGUUUUUUUCCUCUCUAAAUUUUUACUACUUCAUUAUUCUUUUCUACCGUAUCGCUUUCAGACUCCAUUGCACAUCAAAGUGGGGUUUCUAAUCCCUUCCAACGCAUCCGAAGAAAUGGGAUUUGACAAUACGGCCGGGGCUCUGAUCGAGGGCUUGAAAAGAGCGUAUGACGAGGAGAUACUGCCAGCAGGAACCAAUUUUACGUAAGAUUUUGACGUAGAAAAUUGUGUGAUACUAGGUUAAUCUUGCGCUAGAUUUGUCUGGCUUGCGUAAAAAGAGAUAUACGGUAGCAAGAGAAGUUUCAAAAAACAAGAAAAUUAGUGAAAUUAAAAAAAAAUUAUACUAAUUGUAAGCGGGGGAAAAAUCAUGGCAUGUCUGUACGCUCCCAAAUUCCAACUCAUUUCUAGGUUUGUUUGGAAAAUCGAGGAAUGCGUUGAGUCCACCGCCAUCGGCUACAGUUUCGAACUGAUCGCGGAGCAACGAGUGGACGCUCUUCUGGCUCCUCCAUGCAUCGAUGGAGCGAUUCUUGCUGGUCAUGUGGCCUCAUUUUACAAUAUUCCGGUGCUUUUGUGGGGCCAGGCGUUCGACAAUGCCUUCACGGACACCACAAUGUAUCCGACGUUGAUGAGCACUCUGCCCAAUUACAAUGAGUAAGGCGAUGAUAGAGUAAUGGACCUGAUCGAGAGGAAUAAAGUGCCAUUUUGCCUCCUGGAAGUAUCAAAAAUGUGGCGAAAUGCCUCCCUCUCAAACUAAAAAAAAAAUAAAAAUGUUUGAAAGGCGCGCCGUUGCCAAAUACCUCCUUAUCCAAGUGAGUUCUUUUCACUUGCAUAAGGAGAUAUUUUGCCACAUUUUUUGAUACUUCCCGGAGGCAAAAUGGUACGUUUUUUGCCACUGGAUGAGGUCCGCCACUGUAGAGAGGUUUUUAUUUUGUGAUAUGUUUCAGCCUGGGCAAUGUGAUUUGCUCAACAUUACACUACUUUGACUGGAAUUUGUAUGCUCUGAUUUAUCAGGAAAACGAGGAUGGAGGUUGUUACGCGUUCCAGCAGGAUAUGGAGGUAAUGAAAAGUUCAUUUCGAAAAUUGGGGAAAGCAUUUUUGCCAAAAAAAUUAGAAAGCAUUUUUGCCAACAAAAUAGAAAGCAAUUUUGCCAAAAGCAUUAGAAAGCAUUUCAGCCAAAAAAAUAGAAAGCAUUUUUGCCAAAAAAUAGAAAGCAUUUUUGCCAUUAGAAAGCAUUUUUGCCAAUAGAAAGCAUUUUUGCCAAUAGAAAGCAUCUUUGCCAAAAAAAUAGAAAGCAUUUUUGCCAAAACAAUAGAAAGCAUUUUUGCCAAAAGCAUUAGAAAGCAUUUCAGCCAAAAAAAUAGAAAGCAUUUUUGCCAAAAAAUAGAAAGCAUUUUUGCCAUUAGAAAGCAUUUUUGCCAAUAGAAAGCAUUUUUGCCAAUAGAAAGCAUCUUUGCCAAAAAAAUAGAAAGCAUUUUUGCCAAAACAAUAGAAAGCAUUUUUGCCAAAAAAAAUAGAAAGCAUUUUUGCCAAAAAAUAGAAAGCAUUUUUGCCAAAAAAAAUAGAAAGCAUUUUUGCCAAUAGAAAGCAUUUUUGCCAAAAAAAUAGAAAGCAUUUUUGCCAAUAGAAAGCAUUUUAGCCAAAAAAAUAGAAAGCAUUUUUGCCAAAAAAUAGAAAGCAUUUUUGCCAAAAAAAAUAGAAAGCAUUUUUGCCAAUAGAAAGCAUUUUUGCCAAAAAAAUAGAAAGCAUUUUUGCCAAUAGAAAGCAUUUUAGCCAAAAAAAUAGAAAGCAUUUUUGCCAAAACAAUAGAAAGCAUUUUUGCCAAUAGAAAGCAUCUUUGCCAAAAAAAUAGAAAGCAUUUUUGCCAAAACAAUAGAAAGCAUUUUUGCCAAAAAAAAUAGAAAGCAUUUUUGCCAAAAAAUAGAAAGCAUUUUUGCCAAAAAAAAUAGAAAGCAUUUUUGCCAAUAGAAAGCAUUUUUGCCAAAAAAAUAGAAAGCAUUUUUGCCAAUAGAAAGCAUUUUAGCCAAAAAAAUAGAAAGCAUUUUUGCCAAAAAAUAGAAAGCAUUUUUGCCAAAAAAAAUAGAAAGCAUUUUUGCCAAUAGAAAGCAUUUUUGCCAAAAAAAUAGAAAGCAUUUUUGCCAAUAGAAAGCAUUUUAGCCAAAAAAAUAGAAAGCAUUUUUGCCAUUAGAAAGCAUUUUUGCCAAAAAAAUAGAAAGCAAUUUUGCCAAAAACAUUAGAAAGCAUUUUAGCCAAAAAAAUAGAAAGCAUUUUUGCCAAAAAAUAGAAAGCAUUUUUGCCAAAAAAAAUAGAAAGCAUUUUUGCCAAUAGAAAGCAUUUUUGCCAAAAAAAUAGAAAGCAUUUUUGCCAAUAGAAAGCAUUUUAGCCAAAAAAAUAGAAAGCAUUUUUGCCAUUAGAAAGCAUUUUUGCCAAAAAAAAUAGAAAGCAUUUUUGCCAAUAGAAAGCAAUUUUGCCAAAAACAUUAGAAAGCAUUUUAGCCAAAAAAAAUAGAAAGCAUUUUUGCCAAUAGAAAGCAUUUUAGCCAAAAAAAUAGAAAGCAUUUUUGCCAAAACAAUAGAAAGCAUUUUUGCCAAAAAAAUAGAAAGCAUUUUUGCCAAUAGAAAGCAUUUUAGCCAAAAAAAUAGAAAGCAUUUUUGCCAUUAGAAAGCAUUUUUGCCAAAAAAAAUAGAAAGCAUUUUUGCCAAUAGAAAGCAAUUUUGCCAAAACAUUAGAAAGCAUUUUAGCCAAAAAAAUAGAAAGCAUUUUUGCCAAAAAAAUUAGAAAGCAUUUUUGCCAAAAAAAAUUAGAAAGCAUUUUUGCCAAAAAAUAGAAAGCAUUUUUGCCAUUAGAAAGCAUUUUUGCCAAAAAAAAUUCGAAAGCAUUUUUGCCAAAAAAUAAGAAAGCAUGCCGUUAGCGACAGGCGCAAAAACGCAGACGAUAUUUUUACAAGGCCAAAACAAAUCACUUUUCAGGACGUCUCAAAUCAAGUUGAAGACUGUGUGAUGGCCUACAAGGAAGUGGUGGACAGCUGGGAGGAAAAGGACAUUGACUUCACUAUGUCGCAACUGAAAACGAGAGCUAGAAGUGAGACGAAACUUUUAUAAAACUUGAAAAUUUUUGCAGAGAAAGUCAAUGUGUGACGCUGAUUUUUAAAUCAAAAAUUGGCGAAGAUUUUUGCGAAUUUUGGGCAUGAAGCGAUUCAUAGCAAUUUCUACCGUCAAGUGUAAUAUCUCAAUGAAAAAAUAUUUUUUUCCACGUCAAGCUGGCAAAGAUAUCGCAAAAAAGUGUUUUUCUCUCUGACCGCUUUCCGCAUUUUGCGCACUCUUUCUACGCCAAAGAUUUCUGAAAGUUUUGGCUCACAGAGCGAAGGCCAAAAGGUAUUUUUCUCUUUGUCCGUUGAGAUUUUUAUUUUCAAAAGUUGGACAAAGUGGGACACUUCUCGCAAAUUCGGCCAUGAAAUGUUUCAAAGCUAUUUCUACGGUAUAGAGUAGUAUGUAUUUCCACAAAAAAGUCAUUUUUUGUAUGGUAUUUACAGAGAUACGGCCCAAAUUUUUUUUUCUGUGAAAUUUCUCAUACUUUUUUACCAUAUCGGGCAAUAUUACCACAACAAAAAUUUGCCGUACAAGACUUGCAGGGAUACGGCCAAAAAUUUAUUUUCUCUUUGAUUGCUCUCCGCAUUUUGCGUAGUUUCUCGUAAAAAAAAGAUCGUUGAGUAUCUCAGUUGCUCUUGCAAAGAAAAAGCUAAAAUUUUCCAAAAAUUAAUUUUUGGCCUAGGAGUGGCCAAAAUAAAAAAAAUUAGCGUCACACCUCGACCACUUCCUCUGUAAUAACCAAAAAAUUUCCUUACAACGCCUUUCCCUUUUUUUAGUCAUCGUUCUCUGUUUCGACGACGUAGAGCAACAACGUCGCUUCACUGUGAAGCUGGCCGAGUAUGGCCUCGACACGGACGAAUACGUCUUCCUGUUGCCCGAUACAGACAUGCAGAACGGUAAGCGCAACCAUUUAUAAAUUUAAAAUGCAGACGUAUACGGCGAAAUUGCAGAUGGCUUAAGCGACACCCCCUUCUGGAAUGGGACAAACUCCACGGCUGAGGAAGAGGCAAAGGCGUGGAAGAUUGCGCAGUUGAGCUACUUGAUUCAUGUGGACAAAACGAGCGACAUCGCCGACGCGUAUUAUGCCAAUUUUUCGAAACAGGUGAGGGGAUCGCGCGCGUUGCGGCAGAACUCUCCCCAUUGAAUGAACCCUCCCUCUUUUUGAACACUCCCCCUCACUUUGAAGAUUGAAAAAAUUAUGUGUGACAUCUUAUGCGACGGAAUUUUUUUUCAAAUUGAGAAAAAUUGGGUGUGACAUGUUAUACGAUGAAAUUUUUUUUCAAAUCAUUUUCUCAAUUUGAAAAAAAUCUUCAUCGUAUAAGAUGUCACAUCCAAUUUUUCUCAAUUUGAAAAAAAUUUUCAUCGUAUAACAUGUCACACCUCAUCUUUUCAAUUCGAAAAAACCUUCAUCGUAUAACAUGUCACACCUCGUUUUUUUCAAUUUUCAAAAUGGGGUGUUCAAAAAGGGGAGAGUUCAGAUUUUUUGGUGAAAAUCAAAAAAGGUGGAGAGUUCCGCUUUUUUUGGGGGAGAGUUCAGAAAAGGAGGAGAGUUCAGGCUCAACCGAUCGCGCGACAUAUUUUGCGGCAAAAGUCCUAAAAAUUUAUUGUGUCCCCGAAUUCCAUAUUCCAAAAAGAUAAUUUGUCGCUGUGGAAAAUGGGAGUGAAAGUUCACUGUGCACAGCAUCUUUUUUGCGAUUUGUGCAAAACGAAGCAGCGUAUUUUAAAAAUAGCAUUAAAUUUUGAGUUUUCGAUUGAGCAAAAAUUUGGGAUUUUAUUUUUUACAUAAUUAGUGUGCGAGAUUCCAAGUAAUCGCAUUGCGGAAACUGCAGUGCGAUUACUUGGGCGCAAGUGCCCCAAUUACGACUCUCACAAUCAAAUUCUAAUGAAAUGCGAAAAAAAUUAUGAUUAAUUCUUUUUAGUCUGUCGGGAAAAUAAUGAGCACAAUUUGCUGCGCCGAUCGCGCCGCUAAAGUGAAAAAAAUGGUUUUGCCGCGAUACAAUUCAUUUUCUCGGCGGUGACGCGAUUUUCAAUGCGAUAAAGACCUAAAAAUCUCGGUUGUCUCUGCGGUAAAAAAGCGUGAGCUAUGAUUUUUGCGUAUAUUUUAGGAAAAGUUAUUCCAAAUUUCAUCAAAGUCUGAGCGUCGACUUGGGCUACUUUUCUUGUAAAAUUAUUUGUUGUACAGUGGGGGACCUGAUCCAACGGCAAAAAACUUACCAUUUUGAACCCUGAAAGUGUCAAAAAUGUGGCAAAAUGCCUCUCUCUCCAAGUAAAAAAAUCCGAUUUCAAAAGCGGGCCCGCUCUUUUUUCGAGAGGACCCUUCAAAACCACGUUUUUUUCACUUGGAGAGGGAGGCAUUCUGCUUCAUUUUUGAUACUUUCCGGAUGCAAAAUGGUACGUUUUUCCCCACUGGAUCAGGUCCGUCACUGUAAUAAUUGCGAAGAUUUUCAACUUCAAAAAAAUCAUCAUUUUAAAAUACGUUUUUUAAAAAUUUCCUCAUAAUAUUAUUUCCUCACUCUUCCUUGUGUCAAUCCAUCCUUUUCAGGUAGUAGAAGACAUGGCUGAAUGGCCCUUCUACUGUGACUAUUGCGCUGAAAACCACAAAGAAGCCUCCAUUUACGCUGCCACUUUAUACGACGCAAUGUAUUUGUAUACACGGGCCUUGUCGCGAAUCAUCAACGACACUGACGGGAAUUUGACUUCGCACCGGGACGGCCGCGCAAUUUCCAAACAAAAUGGUAUCGAGUUUGAAGGUGAUCCCGUCUCCAAACUGUUUGAAAUAACCGCCGUUUGUAGGGAUGAGCGGCACUGUGGCGUUGGGGAGCGAUGGCGUUCGGGAUUCCAUUUAUAUGAUGUCGGAAUAUAUUGAUACGAUUGGGUCGUUGAAGCCGUGGGUUCAGUAUCAGAUCUCCGAGGCGGGAGUGGUGAGUAAUGAAUAUCGGGUUUUUUGAAAAAAACGCGAAAAUUUUGAAGAAAGUUGGCAAAAAUUUACAAGGGAAGUGUUGAAAGAACAACACUCAGAUUUGCUUUAAUUCUCUUUUUUGAUGGGAAAGCAUUUUUGCCAAAAAAAUUAGAAAGCAUUUUUGCCACGAAAACUAGAAAACACUUUUGCUAAAAAAAAUUUGAAAGCAUUUUUGCCAAAAAAGUUGGAAAGCAUUUGGGAAAGCAUUUUUGCCAAAAAAGUUAAAAAGCAUUUUUGCCAAAAAAUUUAGGAAAAGCAUUGUUGCGAUAUUUUAUUUCCUAAAAAUUGAUGUCAUUAAACUUAUCGGACCGGUUGUCCUCGUAUUUUACCAUAUUAAUACCCCUCAUUUUCCCAUAAGAGUAAUAGAUAUUCGCCUUUAAAAAACGCCAUAUCUUAUCCUAAAUAUCAGGAGAUUCAGAAUACCUCCGCAAUUGUCAACGGCACCUUUGGCAAGAAUGCAAUUUGGUACAAGCGAAAUGGAUUUAUCCCGGUUUCGACUCCGCACUGUGGGUUUGACGGGAACUCCUGUCCAGUCGACAUUUUCGUAGAGUACCGAGGAUACGUCAUCACUGGCAUCACAUUGGCUGCGGUUUUUGUCUUGGCGGUUAUUGGAGCGAUGAUAAUGUUGAUACGGUAAGAUGAUACAGGUGGUAAAAUGAAGAUUGCCAUUGUUAUAUUAUCUCAAAAGAUUCUGCCAAAAAAAUUAGAAAGCAUUUUUGCCAAAAAAAAAAAUUGGGAAAAGCAUUUUUGCCAAAAAAAUGGAAAAGCAUUCUUGCCAAAAAAACAAAAAGUAUUUUUGUAAAAAACUUCGAAAGCAUUUUUGCCAAAAAAAGUAGAAAGCAUUUUUGCCAAAAAAAAUUAGAAAGCAUUUUUGCCAAAAAAAUUAGAAAGCAUUUUUGCCAAAAAAGUUAGAAAGCAUUUUUGCCAAAAAAAUUAGAAAGCAUAAAAAUUGGAUUCUUUCAGAUCGAGAAUGUUGGCAAUAGAAGAGCGAAACAGGCAAUGGCAAGUGUCUACAGAGCAGCUGAUCAAAUUGGCUAGCAAAGUAAGUCGUAUUACCGCAUUACUCGGUUUUGCAGUGAUAACAGUCUGUCGGGAAAAUAAUGAGGAGUCUGCUGCAUCCAAAAUCGUAUUGCCACCGAGAAAAUGAAUUGUGUCGCGGCAAAAUAAAAUUGCUUUUCAUUUCAGCGACGCGAUUGGCACAGCGACAAUGUGCUCAUUAUUUUCCCGACAGACUGAUAGUCGGGACAAUAAGUCUUGAAAUUUUUUGGCACGGCGCCGCAAACCGUUUUUUCUCGACAAACAUUUGGCACAGUGAAAAUGAAAAACGCACUGUGCAGUUUCAACCCUUUCAAAAGAAUUCAUUUUGCACUGUGCGUGGUCGCCGUGCACCUUUAAUUUCAUUCGUCGCCAUGCGAAAAGUUUCUUGCGCGACGACGCACCAUGCAAAAUUGUCAAGACUGUUUGGCCCGCCUCCGCUUUUUCAAAAGUGCUUUUUGUCGCGCGCACAGUGCAUUUGGCUUCUGCGUGCACGAAGCGCUCGCGGCGACACAGUUGAAAUUUGCGGUUGCACAGUGCAAUACAGUGUUUUUUCGAUGGGGCGGCUUUGCAGCAAACAGUCUAUGUACUUUAUGAAAAUGCUCGUAUUAUAGUAAUGCUAUGUUCUCUUUACAGAAAAAAGAUCUCGAAAGCGCACGAUCUCUUCAAUCCGGGCCAUCAUCAACUUCGACAAAAUUCACCUUUGACUCGGUGAAGAGCAACGAAUUCUAUAUCAUCUACGUGCUGAAUGGCGAGCGGGUGAUUGGCAUCAACUACAACGUCAAUGUUCUCAAAAUCGCCCCGCAUGAUCAAAGCGAAAUCCGAGCGGUUUGUAAUUUUUUAAGCGUUUAUUUAAGCCAUCUUUUGAUGGUAAUUUAUGUAUGAUAGUUUAUUGCAGAUGAGAAUGAUGGACCACGACAAUCUCAACAAAUUCAUCGGGCUCACUACUGACGGCUCGAAUACGAUUUCGGUCUGGAGAUUUUGCUCAAGAGGCCCGUUGUGUGUAAGUUGCGAUAGGAAAAAAAUUCUGAAACAAAAUUUGGAAAUUCACCGCAUUUUAGGGCGACUUUACCUAUGUAAUGAAUAUGGUAAAUCGCCAAUUUAGGGGGUGCAGAGGUGAAGGGGUUUUUGCAAAUUUAGCUGCUUUAAAAAUUUUGGGGCUGUGCCACUUUUGCCCCGACCAAUAAAAGAGAAUCUCUGGAAAGAGAUUCUCUUUUGUCGGGAAAAUAAUGUUGAUUUUUUGCGCCUUGAAAUCAGAUCUCAUGACUUUGCAACCGCUAGCUGGAGAUUUGGUGCGCGACUGUGAAGAGGCUUGACGUUUUGCUGCGUCGAAUCUACAUUAUUUUCCCGACGGAAAAAAGAAAAAAUCCACAUUAUUUUCCCGACAGAAAAAAUGCACAUUAUUUUCCCGACAGAAAAGAAAAAAAGAAUCCACAUUAUUUACCCGACAAAAAAUAGAAGAAUCCACAUUAUUUUCUCGACAGAAAAAAGAAAAGAAUCCACAUUAUUUUCCCGACAGAAAAAAGGAUCCACAUUAUUUUCCCGACAAAAAAUAGAAGGAUCCUCAUUAUUUUUCCGACACAAAAAAGGAUCCACAUUAUUUUUCCGACACAAAAAAAGGAUCCACAUUAUUUUCCCGACAGAAAAAGAAGAAUCCAGAUUUCUUAUAUCGAAAAAGACUUUCGCCUCCACUAACACAUUUUCAGGAUGUGAUAACCAGCAACAACAUGAUCACUUCGGAUGGAUUUUUCAUUUACAGCUUGGUCAGAGAUAUUUGUGAGGUAAAAUACGUCUUUUCCAUGGUGCACAAGGUAUUCUACAGAAAAAAAAUAUUGUUUUCAGGGUCUAACUUAUCUCCAUUCAAGUUCACUUCAACAUCACGGAAAUCUGCGGUCGACAAACUGUCUUGUUGAUGACCGUUGGCAAGUCAAGUUGGGGGAUUUUGGCCUCAAAUUUAUACGGAAUAUGAGAGCAAAAGAGCCGAAAGGUAAUCAAAAUUAUUUUUACCAAUAAUAUGGAAUAAUUUUUUCUAGGACAUUUGCGAGACACCUAGUUUGCGCGAUGUAGAAAUAAUCGAGACUUUUGGAUCGAAAUUUGGAAAAAUCUUGCAUUUUUUUUGCGAAUUUUGGCAUGAAAAGAAUCCUAUUUUGUUUCUACCGUAGAGUACAGUGUUUCCACAAAAACUCAAUCUUUUCCUCUCAAAACUGCCAGAGAUACGGCCUAAAAGUGGUUUUCUUUGGCCGUCUCCGCGUUCCGCCUACCCUUUCAGCCGCAAAGAUCGUUGAAUCUCGGCUGGUCCUGCGAAGCACGAGCUAAAAUUUUUAGAAUUAUUGGUUGGCCUAUGCCCGAUGGGUCUGUAAAAUUUAAGAAACUUUCACAAAAUCGAGCACUUUAUUUGUCAGAAUUAAAUUUUUCUGAUUUUUUCACCGGCAAAUUUUCAGAGCUCCUUUGGACUGCCCCGGAAUUCCUUCGCUCCAAUGAUUUGACCGGCUCCAAACAAGGCGAUGUCUAUUCGUUUGCCAUAGUUGCCAGCGAACUGUUGAAUAUGAAGCCGGCGUUUGAAGGGGCCGAUGGGAAAGCGAAUCCGGAGGGUAGGUUGAAAAAAGUUUUUUAGGAGAAUAGUCUUAUUUUUGAAACGUUUUUUGUAAUUUUUGGCUGGCGCUAUGCAAAAACAACAGAGAUUUUUUGUCCAAAAAUUGGUGGAAAUUUGGGAUUUUUUUCAAAUUUAUCCUUGAGAAUUUUUUGUCUUAAUUCGAUUAAAAAUUGCAACUCUUCCACAAAAAGCAAAUUUUCUCCCCGCGAAAUAGACAAAUUUAUUGCCAAAAAUCGCUUUUCUCUCUGACUCUCCGCAUUGUGUGCGCACUCUCUCGUAACAACAGAUCGUCGAAUAUCUCGUCUACCGCUGCAAGGCACGAGCUAAGAUUCUCAGGAAUUGUGAUCUAACGUAUUUCAGGAGUAACAGUCUGUCGGGAAAAUAAUGAGCGCUCUGUCAAAAAUCGCAUCGCCGCCGAGAAAAUGAAUUUUGUCGUGGCAAAAUCAAAUUGCUUUCCACUUCAACCACGCGAUUGACACUGCGACAUUGUGCUCAUUAUUUUCCCAACAGACUGAUAAAAGCACUGCAUUUUGCCUUAGAAAAUUAUAAUCUAGAGCUGCGUCAAAAUUCGUUAAAAAACGAUGACAAAAAAUUUUCGAAAUUUUCCAGAAAAAAUUUGCCUUGGCCCCCCCUGAUAAUUUUUUUCAAAAAAAAAACUUUGUUUUACUAUAUUGAACAUUUUGCUCAUUGUUUUCCCGACAGACUAAUGCACUAUGCUUUUUUAUUUCAGAUGUUGUCUAUAUGGUCAAAAAAGGCUCAAACCCUCCAUACCGGCCGGUCAUGGAGAUCGUUGCGCAAGACAUUUCGCCUGCUUUUGUGAGUCCAAGAAAGAUCCUGUUUGUAAAAUACGUUCUCUCCCAUUAAUUGACUCAAAAAAAACUUUGAUUUCAGACCCACCUGAUUCGCGAUUGUUGGAGCGAAAAUCCGAACGAACGACCUAGAAUUACAACUGUAAAAACUCUGUUACAAUCGAUGAAUACGUCCAAGACGGCCAAUUUGAUGGAUCAUGUGUUCCAAAUCCUCGAGCAAUAUGCGGUUUCUUUGGAAGAGGAGGUCGAGGAGAGGACCAAAGAAUUGGUCGAGGAAAAGAAAAAAUCCGACAUUCUGUUGUACCGAAUGCUUCCAAAGUAGGUUGGGAAUAGCCACAGAGGCCAGAUCACUUCGUUUAUAUCGCUUGCAGAAGAGCUCAUCUGAAAAAACCACUAAAAAGCGUUAUAUAAAACGGAAAAAUUGUAACUAUCAGUCUGUCGGGAAAAUACUGUGGAGUUAUCGCGUCUCGGAAUUGCUCAUCAUCACUUUUCGACGGCUAUUCGCGGCUAGGGAUUUGGUGCCCGACUGAGGCUAAGCGACCCCUUUUGCUGCGACAAAUCCACAUUAUUUUCCCGACGCCUUCAUUAAAAUCCGAUCUGAUGUUCAUAUUUGUCUGUCGGGCAAAAAAUGUGGAUUUGUAGCGCCUUGAAAUCACCCGUAGUUGCUUUGCAGCGGCUAGCUGGAGAUUUCGUGCACGACUGAGGCUAAGCGACCCCUUUUGCCGCGACAAAUCCACAUUAUUUUCCGGACGCUUUCGUUUAAAUCGGUUCAGAUGGUCAUAUCAGUCUGUCGGAAAAAAAAUGUGAAGUUAUCGCAUCUCGGAAUUGCAGUCCGCGGCUGGAAAUUUGGUGCGCUGCGACAAAUCCGCAUUAUUUUCCCGACGCUUUCAUUCAGAUUCGGUGGUCAUAUCAGUCUGUCGGGAAAAUAUUGAGCAUUAUUUCACUGCGCCGAUCGCGUUUCUAAAGUGAAAAGAUUCUUGUCGCGACAUAAUUCAUUUUCUCACAGCGACAAUUCGAUGCAACAGAGUGCUCGUUAUUUUUCCGACAGACCGAUUAUAUAAUAUUUAUACGUUUCAGACUCGUUGCGGAGCGUCUGAAAGCCGGCCAAACCGUGGAGCCGGAAUCCUUUGAAUCAGUCACAGUCUACUUUUCCGAUGUGGUUGGAUUCACGGCCAUUUCGUCCAAAUGCACACCGCUACAAGUGGUCAAUUUGCUGAACGAUCUCUACACGACGUUGGACUCAAUCAUCGCCGAGGUUGAUGUGUACAAAGUUGAGACUAUUGGUAAGUCAAUGAUCACAUAUUUUUAGGGCAUAUUACAGCAGUGAUCCCAAUGAUAUUGUGUUAUUUAUUUCCAGGCGAUGGCUACAUGUGCGUGUCGGGAUUACCACAUCGCAAUGGAAAUGAGCAUGCCCGGUAUAUCGCAGAUAUGUCAUUGUCCAUUAUGAGGGCUAUGAGGAGUUUUAGAGUAAGCUUUUACAUUGUAAAGAAAGGUAUGCAGAAUGCGCAAACGAGCCUGCCCUCCAGUUGUUGCGCAACUAUAGAAACAUGCAUGGCUGGAGGGCUGAGAUUUUGCACCUUCGGGACUUAGCCUCUGGCUAAGUCGCCCUCCUCCCAGUCCUUCCAGAAUUUACCAAAGCCCCAAAUGCCCGGUCCCGAGAUUCAUUGCAAAGCAAAAUUUUUCUUUCUGAAGCAACCAAAGGGCCAACAAAUCAGCUUAAGCCUUCUUUUAUCAGCCAAUAAUGUGGAUUGGCCUCAACACCCUCGGCCGCGGCAAGCCGUUGCAAAGCAUUGAUGGCCAAUUUAAAGCCGCGGCGAAUGCACAUUAUCUUCCCGACAGACUGAUCGUAACGGGCUAAAAAGUGACUGUGCGUUGGCGACAAGCGUGGCCAACAGCUCGAAACUCACUGUGUAGAAGCGAAAAAUUGUCACGAAAGGCCACUUUGCGGCGCCCACCGCACCAUACGAAACAUGUCAGGACUAUCAUUCUGUCGCGAAAAUAAUGAGCACAGUGUCUCUCAACAUUUGUAUUAGUAAUAUUAGCAUUUUAAUAGUUGACUGAUGACUUUAUGGCCCCAAAAAACGCUUGAAUCUUUUCAGAUCCCACACUUGCCAAGGGAAGAAUUCCGGCUUCGAAUCGGAAUCCACACUGGCUCUUGUGUGGCCGGAGUUGUUGGUUUGGCCAUGCCGAGAUACUGUUUGUUCGGUGAUACGAUCAAUACGGCCAGUCGAAUGGAAAGCAAUGGGAAACGUGAGUCUUUGUUUUUUUUUCAAAUAUGUACGGUACCACUGUUUAAAGUCCAUUUUUUCAGCGAACCGAAUCCACAUCUCCGCGGACACCAACUACUUUUUGACCAAAGUUAUUGGAGGAUAUGUGACGACGAGUCGAGGGGAGAUUAUUGUCAAAGGAAAAGGAGUUAUGGAGACUUUCUUCUUGCUCGGAAUGGAGAACGAUCCAAACAUACAGCAGCAAUUGGCCGAGCUGGAAAGGGAAAGUGUGUAA